AGAAUCCCCGGAGGAGGCAGGAAGGAGCCUUGCACAGGCGGCUUGACACAUGCGCCCCAUUCCUGCCUCCAGCUCUGACUCACCUUCUGACGCUUGGGGGAGGAGGAAUAGCUGCUUGGUAUUUUUGGCUUUCCCCCAUAAAACCCAGAGACAGUUUCCUUCAUCCUAACUCUUCCUCCCAUCCGUGUGGAACGUGUUUGUGCUGAGGUCUCACCUGAAAUCCUUUGAGAUCGCGCUGACUGCAGAUCUGAUUUUUAUUCACUGGAAACAGCACUGUUCACCUAGGACUUCCUGAAUCCAGCAUUGGAAGGAGGCUGCAGGUUUGGAUUCCCUGGUGGACAAUAAAACUCUGUCUGGUCUUGCCCCUGAUGAUGCAAGUGUGACCACUGCCAUCUUCAUGAGCUCCAGAGGUCACAGCACGCUUCCACGGACUCUCAUGGCCCCUCGGAUGAUUUCCGAGGGAGACAUAGGAGGCAUUGCUCAAAUCACUUCCUCCCUCUUCUUGGGCAGAGGCAGUGUGGCCUCCAACCGGCACCUCCUCCAGGCUCGUGGCAUCACCUGCAUCGUGAAUGCUACCAUCGAGAUCCCCAACUUCAACUGGCCCCAGUUUGAAUAUGUCAAAGUGCCUCUGGCUGACAUCCCUCAUGCCCCCAUUAGACUGUACUUUGACACAGUGGCCGACAAGAUCCACAGUGUGAGCAGGAAGCAUGGCGCUACCUUGGUGCACUGUGCUGCAGGGGUGAGCCGCUCGGCCACUCUCUGCAUUGCUUACCUGAUGAAAUUCCACAAUGUGUGCCUGCUGGAGGCAUACAACUGGGUGAAAGCCCGAAGGCCUGUCAUCAGGCCCAAUGUAGGCUUCUGGAGGCAGCUGAUAGACUACGAGUGCCAGCUCUUUGGGAAGUCGACAGUGAAGAUGGUGCAGACACCUUAUGGCGUGGUUCCAGACGUUUACGAGAAGGAGUCCCGACACCUGAUGCCUUACUGGGGGAUGUAAUACCGCCGAGGCCCACAGCGGCAGCCCCUGUGCAGUACCAGCAUCUGCUACGCACUGUCUGCUCCUUUCAUCUAUUCAAGUGGUUUACUUCUGGUUCUCCCUCAAGUGUUUUUACACUGAGUGCUCAAAUUUAAGAGAUAAAGAGGGGAAUAAGGGGAUUCAUCUUAGUAACAUUUUUAAAACUGGCAUUUUGAAAUCGUGUUUAUGAAAAAUCUCGAACUGGCUUUUAAUCAUUUUUAACAAUUUAAACAGUUUACUAAACUGGUUCUGCUUUAUUUUGAUGUCCUUGCCUUUGGCAACAUGGCAGGUGCAGGAGCAGCACAGUGCAGAAUUCUCCCUGGAUGGGCUUUGCCCAGGGUGCCCACCAAACAUACUUCGUUGGGGAAAACUGAUAGAGAGCUUCUCUCUUGGAUUAACCCUACCUUUCCUUUCCUAUUAUUUAGUGAUUCUGUAACUUAAAUAUACUUUUAUCAUUUAGUUGAUAAGUAAUUAUAAUGAAAUCUGCUGCAAAAACUCCUGAAAUCAAUGCCCCAGAAUCAUAUGAGCAUUAUUUUUAAUAAAUAUAUCUGCUUAACAUAGA